UCGGGCGUCUCUGUCCAACGCCCACGUCAGCAAAUACCUUUUGUUUCUCUCCCGUUCGGGCUUGCAGGGCUCGGGGCUGCGGGAGCAGCGGCGCGUCGCCUGGAGGCACGGCGAGCCCCGAGGCGGAGCCGGGGAUCCCGCAGCCACCGCCCGCUCCCCCCGGCUCGGCGGCAGCCGCCCGCAGCACCCCGCCGCAAACCUUCCUCUUCCUCCCCGCCUGGAAUGGAGAUUUCUUCCCACCAGUCUCACCUCCUGGAGCAGCUGAACGAGCAGCGGAAGCAGGACUUGUUCUGUGACUGCAACAUCCUGGUGGAGGGCAAGGUCUUCAAAGCCCAUCGCAAUGUGCUGUUUGCCAGCAGUGGCUACUUCAAAAUGCUCCUUUCACAGAGCUCGAAGGAGACGAGUCAGCCAACCAUAGCCACGUUUGAGGUCUUCUCUCCAGAGACGUUCAUGGUCAUCCUGGACUUUGUGUAUUCAGGGAUAUUGUCUUUAACGGGUCAGAAUGUGAUCGAAGUCAUGUCAGCUGCCAGCUAUCUGCAGAUGACAGAUAUCCUCAAUGUCUGCAAGACCUUCAUUAAGUCCUCACUGGAUAUUAAUGAAAAGGAAAAGGAUCAUUACCUCAGCCUCUCGGCCAAAAGUGUGAGCACUGAACCCACCCCUGCCCGCCCGGCUCUUUAUCGCUCCAGAAGGAAAGCAAAGAGCAACCCCCGGCGUUCCUACUCGAUCCCAGAUGAAAAACCCAACGGGAAUGAAAACUCCUGGAGCAGUUACAGCAGCUACCUGUCCUCACAGGUGAUCCUGCAGCGGGCAGAGACCCAGCUGUCCAAAAGAGGCAGGAAACAGGGCUCCACGAGGAAGCGCCGCAAGCACCUGGGGCUGUCGCAGAGCCGGGAGCUGGGAGGGUGCAAAUCGGACAGAGCGGAGCGAGCCGGAGCCUCGGAUCCCGCUCACAUCUCCCACGGGGGAGAGGAGGCCGAGUUUGAUGCCGAGAACGACGUGGAUCGGGAUGAUUUUGGAUAUCAUGCCGGAGCAGAGGCCACAGCCAAGAGGUGGUCGGUUGCUCAGCUAGAACAAGAACUUUCCAGAACUCCUGAGUUCAUGGAGUUAAAGGCAGAAGAACUGUACACCUCAAUGCCCACAAUUUUAGGGGUAAUGAGUAGCUGGAAUGAAGGUGACCUGCCCCGGAUGCGUUUCAAGUGCCCGUUCUGCACCCACACGGUGAAGCGCCGCGCGGACCUGAAGCGCCACCUGCGGUGUCACACCGGGGAGCGGCCCUACCCCUGCGAGGCCUGCGGCAAGAGGUUCACCCGCCUGGAGCACCUCCGCAACCACUUCCAAACGAUACACCAAGCUGGCAAACUGAUCUGCAGGAAGUGCAAGCGCCACGUCACGGAGCUGACGGGCUGCGUGGUGCAGCAAGGGACGCGGCGCUACAGACUGUGCCACAAGUGCUUGGCAGAAGCCAAUUUCGACAGCAUCCCCGAGGAUUUCAAUGCAUCUGAACAUUCUCCUGUCUCCUCCACGGGAAACAAACGCCCCAAAUGGGCUUUGGAGGAGGAGCAGAAGUCAGAUGAAGAGACAGUGGAGGAGGAGCCCUAUAAUUUGGUUGUCCGACACAAUAAUGAUGAUAAUCCGGAUGAGGUAAAGGAAAAGGUGAAGCCAAAUCUUAGGUAGAUCUUUGUGUCUUUGUUAUUGUUGUGUUCAAGAUUAAAUUACUUGUGUCCUACCAACUAAUGCUGGUAUACUGCUUUUCAUAAAAUGAAGUAUCGCUAAAAUUCUGUUCUGAGAAGGAAAUUUUGGACCAAAACAAGUUGUUUUGCAGACAUGGAAUGGUGUAACUGCUUCUAAAUGUCAUCCAGAAAGUACUGAGCAUCAUAAAAUAGCCUGAGUUGAAAGGGACCCACAAGGAACAUUGAAAUCCAGCUGCUCACUUAUUAUCUGGAAACUGUUUAGGACAAUUGGUUUAUAUUUCAUCAAAAACUUGCUCAGAGCUCCUGCUCGUUGUGGAAGUAUGAACCAGUUUACAGUUCUACAAAGGUUCUGUAUGAUACAGAUUUUUAAAGACCAAAUAUUGCUAAUUUGCUUUGGAAAAACUCUUACUGAGGUGAGCAGCUGAGAAAUGUUAAACCACUUUUAUUUUUUGCUGAUAUUGUAAUUAAUUUGUACAUAACACAUCAGAAACUUCCUAAGAAAGGAGCGAGGGAAACAAGUGGAGUUCUUCCUGUUGAAGAACCUUUUUACCAGAGCUUUGUUUUCUCAGUGUACUUCCAGCUUCUUAUAGUUGAGAAAAGCAUGAUUUAGGAACUCCCACAGCCAGAGUAGAGUAGGUGACCAGAGCAUCUGUAGUGCACUUGGAUAGUAUGAAUUUGCCUUUUUUUUUUUUUUUUUUUUGUACUGUGAAUUUUAUAGAAAGAUACACCAACGUGGUUCCAAGGAAAUAAAAAGUGCAAUCACUGGAAGUGCAGUUGUCAGGUUUUUUUCCAUUUUUUCCCCAGGAUUGAUGCAAGAUUUGCUUAAACCCAUCUAACUUACUCUAGGAAUAAAGAAGCCAAGUCCCUUGAAUUUCAGUGGGACAUUUGUGAUCAGAGCUUAAGAUCAUGGAGCUACUUUAGAAAGGCUCUCCUGCUCGUAUAACUUUAGGGUGCUUGACAGUAUAAAAACAUUUUUAAUAGCACAAUUUCCCUCAGAGGUUAAGCAACUCUUGUGGUUCUGGAGUCUCUUAAGCUUUUUUUAGUCGUAUUUAUUUCCCCAGUCACUUGAAUCAGAGUGCACUUGCACUUGGUAGAGAAACUAAAAAUGCUCACUAUUAAAUUAUUAAAAAAGAAAAGCUCAAGGAGUGCACAAAGAAACCUUCUGCCUGAGAGCAGAGAAUGGCAUUCCCAGUGGGUACUCCUGAUAAAGAGCCACUCUUUGGUCUCAUGUCUCAUUUGAUGCUGUGUUUCCCUUCCCGUUAGCAGCAUCUGUAGUGUGAGGUUCCUGCCAAGAAAGCAGAAAAUUCCCCACAGAGAAUUUGAGAACAGCCACGUUGAUGCACAUCCAGGUUCUGCCUCCAACAGCUGCCAUUAAACUCAGCAAAAGGGAGAAUGGGGCAAGCUCCUGUAAUAAUUCCUUAAUGCUCUCCCAGUCUCCAGCCUUUUUCAGCUCUCCUUGAGAUUUGUACAUUUAGUAACCACCAAUGCAGGUCUUUUCCAAGGAGUUCACCACUCUACCCUUGAACUUCCUACAUCUGCAGGAUCUUCUGGCACCCCCAGAAAGGUUUGCAGUCUAAGGGUGUUUUUUAAUGACCCACUUUCAUGGGUCCUGUAAAAGCCCUGGGAGAGCAGCACUGUGAGCUGAAACUUGCCACUGCCACAGCUGUGCAAAUGGAACAAGGUGGAUUUAAGGCCUGUUUUAUAGUAAGUACUUAAUAAAUAUUGA